GCCGGUCGUCUCCACUCAUUUCCACUUUUCCCACUUGUUAAUCUUUUUUUUUCCCACCUUAGGGUGACAUCAGCUUGACAAAGCAAUGAAGCCCAGAUCUUAAGAGGUAAAAAAAAAAGUGAAGGAAAAAGUGAAGGGGAAAAAAAACUUAAAGCCAAACAAACUCAUCGGGAACCAAUACCCGUGUCACUUUCAGCCGGGAUCGACUCUUCAUGCCUGGUCGCCGCGGCGCCACUCUCCCUCUUCAUCUCUCGUAGCCGGAGGCGACAGCUGGAUCACCAUGACCGAUACACCAAAAUUGGCCGACGACAUAGAUGUCGAGCGCACUCUCACGCGCUCGGAAUCUAUUCGCUCUGCCGUCCAAACCUUCUCGCCCCUCCAUGAGAUCGUCUUCGUCUUUGUCGUCUGCAUGUCGCAGUUCAUGACCCAGGCUGCUCUCGGAAACACCCUCGCCCCACUUGAGAUCAUCAGCGACAGCUUCAACAUCACCAAUCCCGGUCUCUCCAGCUGGCUGAUCGCAGGCUACUCCCUGACUGUCGGAACUUUCAUUCUUUUCUUCGGUCGCUGCGGUGACAUCUUCGGGUACCGCACUCUCUAUAUCAUCGGCUGGGUCUGGUUCGCCAUUUGGUCCUUGGUUGCAGGGUUGAGUGUCUAUUCCAACUACAUCCUGUUCGUCUUUGCGCGCACGCUACAGGGAUUGGGACCUGCGAUGCUACUUCCCAAUGGUCUGGCGCUGCUGGGUGCCACCUACCGACCGGGUAAGAAGAAGUACAUGGUCUUUUCGCUGUUCGGGGCUACCGCGCCGAACGGGGCCGUCGCUGGAGCGGUGAUUGCCUCGCUGUUCUCGCAGCUCGCCUGGUGGCCGUGGACGUUCUGGUCGAUGGCGAUUUAUUGUGCCGUGUUGGCGGUCAUGUCGGCCCUGGCGAUCCCGUCUUCGAUGUCAGUGGCAAAAGGCAUGUCGCUGAAGGAGCUGGUGUUCGAGUUGGACGUCAUUGGAGCAACCCUGGGAGUGACCGGUCUGGUCUUGAUCAAUAUCGCAUGGAAUCAAGGCCCCGUGGUAGGAUGGCAGGAGGUGUAUGUGUACGUGCUGCUGAUCAUCGGCGCAAUCAUCCUGGCCUUGUUCUUCGUCUGGGAGAUCAAGUACGCGUCCGAGCCGCUCAUCCCAUUCCAAGCGCUGGAUCUCGAUGUCUGCUUCAUCCUGGGCUGUAUUGCGUUUGGCUGGGCCAGCUUCGGCAUCUGGGUCUACUACCUCUGGCGGUUCCUGGAGAAUAUCCGGGGAAUAACGCCAUUGCUGGCAUCGGCGCAGUUCGUCCCGCCCACCUUGUCGGGACUGACGGCCUCCUUCACGACCGGAAUUCUCAUGGCGAAGUUGCGCCCGGGUUGGAUCAUGUUCAUCGCCAUGAUGGCCUUCACUCUGGGCAAUCUCUUCGCGGCCAUCGCUCCAGUUCAUCAGACAUACUGGGCGUUGACGUUCGUGUCGCUCGUGGUCACUCCAUGGGGAAUGGACAUGUCAUUCCCUGCUGCCACGGUCGUUUUGUCGAAUGCAGUGGGGCGUCGCCACCAAGGUGUGGCUGCGUCGCUGGUCACGACGGUUGUGAACUAUAGUAUCUCCUUGGGCCUUGGGUUCGCAGGAACGGUCGAGGUGCAUGUGAACAAUGGUGGCACAACGUUCCAUGACACGCUCAAAGGUUAUCGCUCAGCUCUGUAUCUGGGUAUCGGACUUGGCGGGCUCGGAGUUGCAACCAGUUUGCUCUACCUCAUCAAGAGUAGACCAAGGUCGGGCCAGAAAGAUGAUCAGAUUGAAAAGGUCUCCGAAUGAUCAUCCUGUAUGGGAUAGAGUGCAUAGAAUAGAGCAUAGAUCAUCGGGCUCAUCAGACAUA